AUGGCAGCCAACACCAACACCGCCGAGAUGAAGGCCCUGUUCGACACCUUCGUCGCCGACCUCCACAAGCAAUUCGACGGCGUCAAGGAUCAGUUCGACACCAUCAACAACCGCCUGACGACAAUCGAGCAAGGCGGUCACAUUGACCAGGCCGCUGCUACAGCUCGCGCCCAACGCGAACACGAGGCCACUACCACCAAACUGGAGGCCGAGGCCAAAAAGGCCAUGGAGGAAGCCGCCCGGGCUUUCCUCAAGGUGAAGAAGGAAUCAGCAACGUCAUCCGCAAUCCCUGAGAUUGUAGAUGACCUGGAGGGCAAGCUCUUCGACAACCUCAUCAAGGAGGAGCCCCCCCAAGUUGAAUCCUCCACCGCCAUCUUCGCUUUCAUGGAGCAAGCUCGGCUGAACGCCGUGUCCAUGCGUGCCGCCGCCGAGGCAGCUGACAUCAUCGCGGAGCUCAUCAAGAGGAUGCUGCAGCAUCAAGUGGUGGUCCCAAUCCUUCCAGCUGAUUCUCAGAGUUCACCCCCACAUUACUCUCAGAGUAGUGUCAGUCUCUGUUCAGAACAACAAGCUUCUUCAAGUUCCCUAUGCCUUCAGGCAACUCUACCAACUGAGAACAGCUAUGAAGGUCCAAACACUCCAGAUUCUCCAGUGCAGUGA